CCACCUCCGUCGCCGCCAUUCUCCUCGCUCGCGCUUCUUCUCCGGCCCGGCGAGGAGAGAUCUACAAAAUUGAAGUCUUUGGAUCCCUAGUCGGAGAGAUGGCGGCGGCGCUGCGCUUCGCGGCGGUCGCGCGGGAGGCCCCGGCGCCCCUCUCCGCCUGCAGGCUCGUCAGGGAGAGGGACUCUGCGUGCGGGGCCGCCAGGCCGGGAGGGCAAUGCUGGGCGCGGAGGGGGCUGGUGCUCCGGUGCCAGAGCGGGGCGGCCGCCACGACGACCCUGAAGAAGGGCGAGGCCCCCGCCCCCGCGGUGUCCGAUGGGGCUACCCCGGCUGCCGCGGCGGGGUUCACCGUGGUGAUGAAGUUCGGCGGGUCCUCCGUGGCGUCGGCGGAGCGGAUGAGGGAGGUCGCCGACCUCAUCCUCAGCUUCCCCGAGGAGACGCCCGUCAUCGUCCUCUCCGCGAUGGGGAAGACCACCAACAACCUCCUCCUGGCCGGGGAGAAGGCGGUGAGCUGCGGCGCCCCAAAGGCGUCCGAGCUCGACGAGCUCAAGGCCAUCAAGGAGCUUCAUUUUAGGACGAUUGACGAGCUUGGAUUAGAUAUCUCUAUUGUUUCAGGUUUUUUGGACGAAUUGGAACAACUUCUUAAGGGUGUUGCUAUGAUGAAAGAGCUGACUCCCAGGACACGAGAUUACCUUGUUUCCUUUGGUGAAUGCAUGUCUACAAGAAUAUUUGCUGCAUAUUUGAAUAAAAUUGGGAAAAAGGCACGACAGUAUGAUGCGUUUGAUCUCGGCUUUAUAACCACUGAUGAUUUUACAAAUGCGGAUAUUCUUGAAGCAACUUAUCCUGCUGUUGCGAAGAGACUACAGGGGGAUUGGAUAGAUGACCCUGCUAUUCCUAUAGUCACCGGUUUCCUUGGGAAGGGAUGGAAAUCAUGUGCAGUCACUACUUUAGGAAGGGGUGGAAGUGACUUGACCGCUACGACCAUCGGCAAAGCCUUGGGUUUAAGAGAAAUCCAGGUUUGGAAGGAUGUAGAUGGUGUGUUGACGUGCGAUCCAAAUAUUUAUGCAAAUGCUGUACCGGUACCCUUUUUGACUUUUGAUGAGGCAGCUGAACUUGCAUACUUUGGUGGACAGGUUUUGCAUCCGCAAUCAAUGAGACCAGCUAGGGAAGGUGGUAUACCAGUUCGAGUGAAGAACUCGUAUAACCGUCAUGCACCUGGUACUGUGAUCACUACAACAAGAGAUAUGCGCAAGAGUAUACUAACCAGCAUUGUGUUGAAAUCAAAUAUUACCAUGCUUGAUAUAGUGAGCACAAGGAUGCUUGGCCAGUAUGGCUUUCUAGCAAAGGUCUUCUCAAUAUUUGAAGAUUUGGGUAUCUCUGUUGAUUCUGUGGCUACUAGUGAAGUCAGCAUAUCAUUGACACUAGAUCCAUCAAAACUGUGGAGUCGUGAAUUGAUCCAGCAGGAGCUAGAUAAUGUAGUUGAAGAGCUUGAAAAGAUUGCAGUUGUUCAUCUUCUACAGCACAGAUCAAUAAUCUCCCUGAUAGGGAACGUACAGAGAUCGUCCCUGAUUCUUGAAAAGGCGUUCAACGUUCUUCGGAGAAAUGGUGUUAACGUCCAGAUGAUCUCGCAAGGGGCGUCCAAGGUGAACAUCUCUUUGGUGGUCCACGACAGCGAGGCGAAGCAGUGUGUGCAAGCCCUCCACUCCGCGUUCUUUGAGAACGGCUUCUUGUCAGAAGUUGAGGAAGCGGAUAUCGCACAGAAGAACGGUUCCCCGUUGCUGGUAAACUCGAACGGCGCCAUGCACGGAAACUAGUCGACAUUGCUUUUAGUUUCCUGAUUAGAGGGUGAUUGGUACCUGAUUAUUUAGGCCGAGCGGAUUCAUUCCUGUUGUAAGAGCCUAUAUGCAUACCCCGGAAGGUGUAGGGCUCUGUGUUAUACUAGUUAGCAUGAUCUACCGUCCUUCCAUGUGCAAUCGAGUGCUAGCAAAUGGCGGCCCAAUGUGUAUGAGGCACGCUACUUGCUGAAAGCAUUUGCUGAACUAAUAAUGGAUCAUUGGAAACUUGUAGUGCACUGUCUGGUUGGGUGUCUCCUAACUAAGUGUGUUGUAUCCUUCUAUUUAUACCAGCCAAUAAAUUGAGCAUUACCUAUUGAACUU